AUGCUUUUUGGUAGUGAGCUUUUUGAGGAUUACAUAGGACAGCUCGCCAUGGCAUCUAUGGCAUCGUUGGACAUUUUCACGGAAGGGGAGCAGUUUGAUACCAAGAAGUUACAAGAUAAAAUGAGGGUUGUUCAGAAGGAGAGAGAAGAAAGGCUAGCAGAAACACUAAAAAAUCGACUCCACCAAUACUCUGAAGUAACUAGACUUUUGAAUGCAGCUUAUGGUGUUGACAUGUUGAACACGAUUGACUACAUUUAUGUAAGACAAGCAGCCAGAGAGUUGGGUAAGAAAGCAAUGUACUUGGGCGUGCCGUUUGUUGCUGAAUGGUUCAGAAACAAAGGGCAUUUCAUCAAGUCCCGGGUUACUGCAGCAACAGGUGCCCUUGCGUUAAUCCAAUUGCAAGAGGAUAUGAAAAAGCAGCUAAAUGCAGAAGGAAAUUAUACCGAGGAAGAGCUUGAAGAAUAA